UUAAAUAUGGAUCGUACCAAUAUAUCCAAUGCCAUGUCAGACAAUCUCGCCGCUGAUUUGGGUUUUACUAAUGACGGUGUAAAUACAGGAAUCUCUGUCUAUUACUUUGUCUUUACAGCAUGCACAUUACCUUCCAACGCAAUAUCCAAAGCUGUUGGGGCGCAUCUUUGGAUACCCAUUUUAAUGACUUCUUGGGCUAAUUUUACGGGUUUUAUUAUAAUAAGAGCGGCGAUUGCACUCACCGAGGCAGGAUUCAUUCCGGCCUGUCUGAGUUAUAUGUCCCUGUGGUACAAAACAAACGAAUUGGCAACAAGAUUGGCCUGGUUUUGGGGCGCACAAGCACUCGCUUCAGCCGUAUCUGGUCUAAUUUCAUUCGGUGUGUUUCGAAUGAGAGGUAUUUAUGGAUUAGAGGGUUGGAAAUGGCUUUUUAUCAUUGACGGUAUUGCAACACACAUUGUUGGCCUAAUUGCAUUUUUUUACUUACCUUCUUCACCAAGCCAGACAGAAGGUGGGUUGAGAGGUCAGGAUGGAUGGUUAACAAAGCGCCAGAUCAGAAUAGCAACUUUGCGUAUUAUGCGAGACGACGAAGCCAAGAAGGAGCUUGAUAAACCUAUUGCUUGUAAAGACGUUAUUCAGGCUCUCUCUGACACUAAUCUCUGGACCCAUCUUAUUAUCACAUUUAUUGGAUUGAUGUCAAGUACACCUAUUUCCAGUUAUUUACCUACUAUGAUUAAAGACGCAGGAUUUUCAACAACCUCCGCAAAUUUAUUAACAGCACCCUCUCAUAUUAUUGGACUUGUAGGGUCCAUCUUUAUUGCUCAAUGGUCUGACAAAAGUGGGAAUGUGACAUUUUUUGCAAUGAUAGGCACAAUCUGGGCUCUAUUAGGGUUCAUUUUAUUAGAGGUGUUACCAGAUAAUGUUGGAAGAUGGCAGCUCUAUGGUGCAGCCCUGUUUACAGCCUCGGCGCCCUCAUGGCAUGGAAUGCAAGUGGCCUGGAUGUCCUCUAAUAUAGCACCGAUUGGAAAAAGAACCUUGGCUUUGGCGGCAGUUGUUGGAGCGGCUAAUAUAAAUGGUGUACCCGGAUCUCAGAUAUAUAAGGCAAAUGAUGCCCCGAGAUAUCGUCAGGGUAAUAAGAUUAACAUCGUGUUGCAAGCUGUGACAAUUGGAUUAUUUUUGUUUCAAAGAACAAGGUACAAUCUUACCAACAAAUGGAGAAGACGAGUUUGGAAUAGCAUGAGCGAUUACGAAAAGCAUGUAUAUCAAAACGAGAAUGGAGACCAAGGAAACAAUCGGCUUGAUUAUCAAUACCGUUUAUAAUAAAUACAAUUUCCUUUUUUUUAAAAAAAAACAAGUGUGUCCUUGUUGGCAAAACACUUUGAGAGUGUAGCACUUCUCAAUAAAUAUUUUAUUUUGAGUACUCGCAUAUUACGUUCAUAUAAAUCAUAAAAAUGAGUUAUUUAUCAUACGGAUUAUGUGUUCCGCGAUUAUAGCUUUCAAUAAAAUAGUGGUAAAAUACACUUUCUGAGAAGCACAACCUA